ACACCAAAAAUAGACAUCAGAAAACAUCAGUGGUUUGAGCCCUUCUACACUGGAGAGAAAAUCCAGCUUGACUGUAAUAUGACUGGUGUUGGUUGGGAGUACAGCUGGUAUAAAGUCAAAGAAUCAAAGCAAAUAAACACGAAUUCAGCAUUGACUAUCAGCUCAGCGUUGGUUUCUGACACUAGUGGAUAUCUCUGCAAAGCAAACAGAGGAGAAUUCUCAGUGGACAGUAAGACGCUAGAUGUGGAAGUUCAAAAGCGACCUGAACCACAAAUCCAGUUAGAAUGGACAGAAGCAUUUACUGGUGAAAAAAUGUCUAUGCAAUGUUUGAAUGUAUCGCCUAUGAAUGUAAAGGAAAACUGGAGCUUUAUGUGGUUCAAGGGUUCAAAUGAAAUUGUAUCUAAUGAUGGAACAAACGCAAAAGGAAAUACUCUCACACUCUCAGUUCAGUCCAGUCAUAAAGGGAAAUAUGAGUGUCAAGCUAAGCUGAAGGACAGGCCGGUGGAAACUGCAAAAAGCAAUACACAACAGUUAACAGUUCAUGCUCUUUCAGUUCCUGAGCUGGAACUGACGACUGCUCUGAGUGACAUCAUGAUGGGUAAAAUGACCCUCAAGUGUGACAUCUCAGAUGGCAGAGAGUGGAACUACACCUGGUAUGAGAAUGAAAAGAUGCUGAAUGUCUCAGAAUCAGCAACACUGUCGGUGACAGGAAACGAAGAGACAAUUAAAAGUGAGUUUAAAUGCAAAGGAGUAAGGACGGAGAGACCACUGUUCUCUGCUGCAAGUGAUGGCUUUGUGGCCAAUAAUUUAUUACUCAAAAGAAAAAUACUCCUGGCCAUCUCUGGAUGUCUUGUCUGCUGUAUUGUAAUCCUGAUCAUUGGAUGUAUUGCUCUAAAAUUUGGGCGUAAACCAGUAGAGAAAAAAGAUCCCAUAGAAAAUGACCUGUUCUUCAAAAUGACAGACUCCAAUAACCAAACAGCUACACCCUUGAAGGAGUACAUGGACAACACGGCAAUAGAGAUUGAAGAAUGUAAAGAAAUAGAAGAACUGCUCACUAAUGAUGCUUCAGUCACUCAAGAGGAUGAUGCGAUUAAAGAUGAGCCAGUGGACUCGCCAGCAGCAAAACCAAAUGGCUUGACAUCAUUUAAAGGAAUAUGAAUUAUUUCUCAGCAAUCAUCAUUAUUCUGGAGUGUCUGUUUGCACCGAGGCAGCUCAACAACAUGUGCUUAACUCAAAAAUAACAUUUUAUGUGCUUUUGUAUAGGCUGAAAACCUUGUUUAUGGCCUGAAAACAUUUGAUAUGCAUUGGAAAGUGAUAUUACAAGUGAUAUGAAUGUGAAAUGGAAGUUAUUAAGAGGUAACAAAAGUGUAUAAAGCUAAUCUGUUAAUUACUUUACUACACCAUAGGAAGCAAGAAUUGUUUGUAAGACAUGAAUAAGUGCUAUUGUAAUUUAUUGGCAUAUUGAACAAAAAUGUUUGUUUUUCUAUAUACUAUGUGAAUGUGACAUUUAAAUGUAAACUCUGCAUAAUUUUAUUUCAUUAUUUUCUCCCUCCGAAGUAUUGCUUUUUUCCAUUUAAGUUUAUGGUAUUAAUGUGUUUGUUGUGGCUUAUAUUUCCAUUUAUUUAAUUUUACAGCUAUACUGUAAUUCUACAUUUUCUAUUAACAAAUGCAAUCUCAGCCAUCAUCAAGCAAAAUCUUGUUUUUUAUGUCUCAUUGCUAUUUUUUUUUCUUUCAUUGUAUAUUUAGUUUUAAAGGUAGUUUUUCAAGCUGUUUGGACAGACAUAUGUGCAUGUAUGGUGUAUAGACCGUCAUAUUGGGGAGAUAUAAACACAACCAGUCCUUUUUUUUUCAAUUUAACAACAUAAAAAAACGGUGGACCAAUUGGAGCGGUUUUCAGAUCGACCGCAACUUUACGUAGGAGUACGGUCCCCCCGCCCACCGAAUUGAUUGACAGCUGCACGUAUUAACAUGUCCCGGUAGUCAUGUGCAUAAUAAUAUCAACAAGACCAGACGUGCUCAAAGCAACUGGGAAUAAAAGGUGUGUUCAGUUCGUUAGGAUCAUCAAUCAUCAUCAAAUGUGAUCAAGAGUGAGUUUCACAUGGUUAAAAUGUUUUAAAACAGAGCACGUGUGUAAUGAAUUACAGCGAUUUAGCUUAGCUUUACUUCAUCAGCACAGCCGCGUGUCAGAACAAUUAUAAAGGAAGACGCUUCAGUCCCGGUUUGUGGACGUUAAAUCAGGUUUAUUUUGUACAUUUCCAUAACAGAUAUCCAUACAGCAGUGGAGAUUAACCUGUAUCCUGUCACAUUUGCGUGCAAAAAGAGUGCAAAGCUAAACGGGCACUCCGUCUGUCUGUGUGUGUCUGCUGCAGUGUGUGUAUGCGCGUGUGAACUUUGUGUGAACCUGCCAUGCAACGGCACAAUAAAUACUAAUUGGUAAAGUUCGUACUGUAGUAUUUCUCACAAACGCUAAGUGAGAUCUGCUUCCUUUAGGUCUGUCUGUUGUCUGACGCUUCCGAGGGAGGAGAUUAAGGCACGCAGAAAGGCACGUAGAAACGGUGGGCGGGGAGGACUAGCCUUAAAGAAGCAGUACACCAAAACCGCCACCCAGUGAAAAAAAUGUAUAAAUAGGAAUUUGAUAAAAGGUAUAAUAAAAAAUCUGAUGGGUGUUUUGAGCUGAAACUUUACACACACUUUCUGGAGACACAAAAGACUUAUAUUAAAUCUGAAAAAAGGGCUAACCUAGGUGCCCUUUAAGCUAGAAACAACUUUGUGAAAUUAUAUAUAUAUCUCAAUGCUAGGAAAAAUGUUACUGAAUUUUCAUAUUUGAUUUUAAUAUGGAUUCUAUCACAGUUAAUAUUAAAGCUGAUGUAAAUAUUCUUAAUGAAAUAUUAUGAUUAUUAUAAUAUAUUAUGUAUUGACGACAAUUAUAGUUGAAAUCGAGCAUCGGAAUUGGAAAAAAAGAUACAGAUUUAUUAUUUAUUUCAGAAACUGAUGAUUCUGUGGUUUUCAAACACAAAAUAGAAUGUGUAUUGUGUGAAAAUGUCUUGUAGAUGGCAGAGAAGAAUGAACAGACUGGUUCAUCAUCAGAUAGAAAGACAACAGUAACUGAAAACUUGAAGCAGAUGAGAUACAGCAGAACAGAGCACACUGCUGCCAUUUUUCCUACUGCUAAUAUUUCUGGAUUCUGUAUUUUUACUUGUGCUUGUCUUUUUAUGUAUCAAACAUCUAUAUUUUACAUUAAAAUAUUACAUGUA